AUGGCGCUCCGCUGCUCCCUGCCCGCGACCUGUUCGACGUUUUGCCUCACACGAGCAGAGCACCCCAGUUCGCGUGCUCUCCCCGCGCGCCUCGUCGUCAGCUUCGGCUCUUGCCCGCGAUCCAGGCCGAGCCUGGGACCCGUGCUCGCCGCGCGCCCCUGGGCACUGCGUGCGAGCGACCCCAAGGCCGGGCGGCUGGUGAUCGGCGGCGGGCCGCGCAGCGCCGACGCGGACACCGAUUCUGACGAUGACGACGACGGCCCCGUGCGGAUGACGGACCAGGAGCGGAGGACGCUGCGGAGGAAGAUACGGGAGAUGAUGGACCGGAUGCCGGAGACGCAGGAGCUGACCGACCCGGAGGAGAAGAAGGCCAAGAUGAGGGAGCUGCUGACCAAGUACCAGCUGGUUGUCGAGGAGGAGGACCCGGAGUGGCCUGAGGACGCCCAGGACGGCAUGGGCUUCGGCCUCGACCAGUUCUUCGACAAGAUCACCAUCAAGCCUGAGAAGAGGGAUGACGCCGACGACGAUGAUGCGGUGGAUGACGGCAAGAAGGAGGUGGUCUGGGAGGAUGACAACUACAUCAAGCCGGUCAGGGAUGUCAGGACAAAGGAUUGGGAUGACACCGUGUUCACGGACUUCGGCCCGUUGAUUGUGCUCGUGCAUAACCGGUACAAGAGACCACAGGACAAUGAGAUGGCAAGAACUGAGCUCGUAAAGGCCAUCGAGACGUUUUGGGAACACGAUCUGCCUUCACCAAGAUGUGUUGCAGUCGACGCCUGCGCGGAGCCAGACCUCGUGGCCGCUCUGAAGGUGUCCGGUUUCCCUGAGUUGCUCUUCACCAAUGCAGGGAAGAUACUGCACCGAGAGAAAGACAGCUCUCAUUCGGUCAUCAGGUUUACUGAUCCAAGAUCACUUGUUCUAAUAGCUGUCCGGUCGGCCGAGGUGCUGGCGAGGAUGAUAGCCUUCUUCUACUACAAGGCGGUGAGACCACCUUGCUUGAGCGAAUCAGACGGCCAGGGGCAAGAGAAGGUCCCUCUGAUGUCGUGA